CAAGGGGAUUGAUUGUUUUGACUUCACACGAGCAUGCCCCCCUACGCUGCAAAAGAUAUGGGCGACAAGAACAACGAUAAUCUUCCAUCGGCCGGAUUUUUAGACGAAUCUCGGUUUAGCACUGGGGAGCCCCCCCUUAGAAUGCCGGGAUAUGCGAACAGUCUUCUUUCACAGUCUCCCUCACCCAACACGCCGGUGGAAAAUCUGGUGAGGCACGGAAACUUAGAAACAAAUCGAAUCAUUGCAGCAUUAGCUACGAAAAGACGAGCGGAGGAGGAUUGGACAGGGAGAUCUCCUAAAAGACAUCAGUACCAGCGAUGCUUUGAUUCCUCAGAGAGCAAAACGUCCCUUGCGAUCAUCUUAAAGGAUCGCACGAUCGACGCCUUGGCUCGACAACAAUUUCAGGAGGCAUUAAGAUUUAUGAGCUCUUCGGGUACAGUUGCAUCACGGCAGCGGCAGUUCGAUCCUUCGGCCUUUGCUUGCCUUGAAAGCCAGCGCGACUACAAUGCGUUUUUAUCGUCACAGCUUGGGAUAGUUCAAGGCUUGGAGGCCUACAAUCUACCCACACAAGCUCAGCUUCUCUCCCAACCAUUGCAGCAUCGAGAUCUUACCGAUGUGUCGCUAGCUCAAGCACAUUAUUUGCCGCUUCCAAAUCUUCAAGCAAGCCUGAGCUCGCGUCAUCUUAACUUACCUCUUCUUUUUCAGCCUCGAUUCCUCCCCGGGAGCUCUCUUCAUCAUUUUCAACGUCCCAUGCAAGCAAGCCUAGCGACAAGGUUGCACAAUAUUGAAGGAGAACUGGGGCUGCAGGCGCAAUCUUUUGGGGUAUCGUCGCUCACACCGAGACUGGGGCAAACGGUACCUAUUCGGGGUUUUCCUACCGAAAAAUUGGCUUCCCAAUCACGGCUUUCGCUUCCUCCUUGUGACGAAGGCCAAGUCCUCCCUUACACGAGCCGAGGCAACUUCGCUCUUGGAAUCGACGAAGAUUCCAAUUGGCUAUCGGAAUUUCACUGUUUCGUGCGAUCUGAGCUCAUCGAAGUUUUUCGUGCAGGUCGAGAAGACUGCAAUUCUCGAAACAACUCCAUCUCUUACCAGCAAGUGGGGAUUCGAUGCCGAUUUUGUGCGCAUAUGUCGUCAAGCGCCAGAGCUGGUAGAUCUUCGGCAUUUCCCUCGUCGCUCCGUCAGAUCUACCAGAGUUUUACGAUGAUGCUCCGUGAUCAUUUCGGAAAUUGCGAGGCCAUGCCGGCUGCUAUACAUCGCAGGUUCUUGUCUUCAAAGGAGAUGCCCUCUCAAGGUGCAACAGAUUCCAAGCGAUUCUGGGUUUACUCGGCCAUGAAAAUUGGUAUGGCGGACUCGUCCGACGGCAUCAUCAUCAACGAGCGCACAGUCGCUGUCGGAUCCAGUGCUUCUUCGUUCGGCACAAACCCUAAUGAGCCUUGGGCUGAUGAUGCCUUAGCUUCGAUUGCACUGGUGCUUCCAAGAGACCGUAGCCUUGUAUCUGAGUUUCUAGUCGUGCUCAUGUCACAAGUGCAACUUGUCAGAUUGACCGAAUCCGAGCGAAUCGGCAAUCGCCGAAGCCUACACAUUGGUCUCACAGGCUUCGGUUGCCGAUGUUGUUGUGAACAUCGUCGUCUCGGACUUUGCCGUGUGUUCCCGGCACGACGUCGAACGCUUCCAAGUAAAGUCAAUGAUCUUUAUGACCAUAUCCGGCGCUGCACCGUCACUCCGCAGCAGGUGAAAGAUCGGCUCAUGGGCUUGAAGUAUCAAAGGGAUGCUGAUAGCUCUCCUGGCCGAGACGAAGAGAAGGAGUUCUACGAUCGUAUCUGGACACGUCUUGGUCAUAGUUCAAACUCUCCUUAGUGUACUCGCUACAAAAGUGAUUCACGAGCAGCACAUUUUUGAAAUACACACAGCACAAUGAAAAGCUCUUGACAAUGCGUGUAUACUUGAUAAGUAAUUUUUUUGGUCAUGCGAAAUUUCCAUUGUAAUGGUGAUUUUCCCGCUGUUUUUUUUUUUCUCAUCGGUAAUUGACAUUAAUGUAAACUCGGAGAAAAGGAAAAGUAAUUUUGAUUCAUCGGCGAUAAAAUGAGGUCUUUGCUAAUGUCAACAUAUCGUGUUCC